UAGAAAUAGUUAAUCAAAUUAAAAAAAUGUGCGAUUUAACUCUUUUAUUUGAUGGAUGGAUGGAUAUAUUUAGCAAUUCUAUAUAUGCCUUUCUUUUACAUAAAUUUGAAGAUAUUAAUAAAAUUAUUAAUAUAGAGAAUUUUUUUAGUAAUCAACAUAUUGCAAAUAAUUUAUUUGUCACAAUUGAGAAUUUAUUAAAAAAUGUUUCAGUAGAUUUUAAUAACAUUAUUGCUGAAGUUACUGAUAGUUCUUCAGUAAUGGCAUGA